UUCCCUCCUAAAUUUUUAAGCUGUCUGGAUUCCGAAAGUAGGCGAAACAGACGAUGGAGGAUCUGAAGAGAAGAUGGAGCGUGACCUACACGAAGCACCUCAAGCAGAAGCGCAAAGUCUAUCAGGACGGCUUCUUGGACCUUCAUGUCUCAGCAAACAAAGUCAAGUUGUAUGAUGAGUGCGACAAUCUUCUAGAGUGCAGGAUACUGAAGAAAGAUGAAGUUAUUGGCUCUGGUGAAACACUCACAUUCAAUGCUUAUAUUGUUGAUGUCGGGGAUCCUGAAGGGGAUCUUAAGCCUAGCCAUGAUUCUAGUUUUCACGUCAGAGAGAAGAAUACCUCUGAAAAACCCGGUUUGAUGCAUGGACAGAAGUUUAGGAGUAGCUCAAUUGAUCCAGGAGCAAGAACAAUUAAUUCCAAGAAUAAUAUAGCCAGGCGGCCGGGGCCAAAUAACACAAGCCCCUCACAAAAACUUAUCAGAGAUUUCAGGAAGAGUGAAUUGCAGAAGUAUGGAGCACCCCAAAGUAGUCCUGGAACGCCAAAACUCAAUAUAAGAGAAUGGCAGGUUCUGUACACUACACAAGUAACUCAAAAGGCGAAGAAGUAUCAUGAUGGUUUCUUACAACUUGAGAGUUUUGGAUCCUUGGGGAGGCAGAUCAUGCUGUAUGACGCAACCAGGAAACUCCUAGAUAGCAGGUUCCUUAAGAAAGAUGAAAUAAUAAGAUCUGGUGAAUCUAUUUUGUACGAUACUCAUAUUGUUGAUAUUGGAGAGCCUGAAGAAGAAUGUAAACCCUUAGAAGAUUUGGUUAUUCGAGGAAGUAAUGGCAACAUUCUUGGAAAACGAGAAGCAACGUUUGGACAGCAGAAUUGUGUUCUGAGUAAUGAUUCUCUUGGAGGAGAGUUCAAGAAGACUAAGUGCAAGAAUGGAGUACAACAGAGUAGUUCAGAUACUACAUCUACCAUAACAGAAUGGCAGGUCACGUACACCACACAAAUGACUCAAAAAGCCAAGAAGUACCAUGAUGGGUUCUUGCAACUAAAAACCUGUGGAUCACUGGGGAGGCAGGUCAUGCUGUAUGAUGCCAGCAGGAAACUCUUAAACAGUAGGUUCCUUAAAAAAGAUGAAAUAAUAAAAUCUGGCGAAUCCAUAUCAUUUGAAGCGCAUUUGGUUGACAUUGGAGACCCUGAAAAAAGCAGUCACCCAACGAUGGAUUUGAAUGUUCAAGGAACUAAAUGCGACAUUGUUAGCCGACCAGGAACAAUGUAUAGGAAACAGGAUGGUCUUGAAGCUGAUAAACAUGCAGCGGAAGGAAAACCUCAAAACAGAGCUAGUUCCAGGGAAGAUGCAGGCUCGAACUCUAAUGUCUAUACGCUAGAUGAGAUCAAGUUAAGCAAAAAUAUCGCUACAAAUAAACCUUUACGUGAUGCUUGUCAAAUAUUGUCUGUUCUUCAAAGACCUAAGGGGGUCUGAGUGUUGUUCAUGGGUGUAUUGAUAGAAGGGCGACUGCCCCAGUUUUGAAAACUAUAUGGAUAUUCAAGUUCCACCAGCCAUUGUAGAUUUUCUGGAGAUAGUCAGCUGUCGAAAGUUUUGGUGCCUAUGGUGUACCAAAUGAAAUCCUAGAUAUUUGCAAGUCAAGUGAGAAUAAGGACCUUGAAGACUACUCAGAUCUUAUGUCCUGUAGAGGGACGUUCUGUUCCAAUCAUGUAAACUUGUGAAAAUAAUCGUGAUUAUGUUUUCAAUAUUCAGAAACUUCAAGAUCCUAAUCAAAAUCAACUCUACUGCAGGAUUUGGUUAUAUUGGCAAUCAAUUCUCCAAGCAUACUGAAACUGGAAUGUUGAAUCUGUUUGGCUGGGUUUAGGACGCUUUUUAGCAUCUCUACAAUUUUCUUUGAUGUCACUUUAUUCUACUGAACUCAAAUUUAUUUGCUCUUGAUCAAUCUUCUUGUACUGUGACUCGUA